UAUGUGUACGGACACAUCGUUAUCUCUAUGUAUAUAAGUUUUUCAACUUUAUCAUAGUUACCAUCUUUAUUGUAUUUAUUUUAUGCAUUUUUACAGGAAAUUCUACUCCUGAGAAUACAGUCUGAUAGCAUAAAACAAAGAAAAUGGGAAUAAUAAAAAAAAUCUUACUGAAAAUAAGCAGCGCUUUCGAUUUUAGACUCUAAGGCACUUAUCUCAUCCACAUAAAGGUCACAGACGAGUAUAUAAACUGGUGCGCAAGUAGUAAUUCUCACACACACAGACUUCUGUUGUAGCACAACAAAGUUGCUUAGUCAAAGAUGAAGUAUUUGGCAUUUGUGCUCCUGGCAGCUGCCGUUUGCGCUUCCGAAGUUGAGAAGCGAGAGGCGGAGCCCAGCUAUGGCUAUCGUCGUGCAUACGUAAUCCCAACCUCCACAGGAUACGGGAACCAUCGAAUCUACAAGAGAUCUGCCGAGCCUGAAGCGGACGCUGAGCCCUCUUAUCGUCACGGUCAUGUAAGGCAUUUCAGCGUUCCUGUUCGUAGUUACCAUAAGAGGUCUGCCGAUCCUGAAGCUGAUGCUGAGCCUUCUGUUAUUUACUCUUCCGCAUCUUACACACCAACUGCACCCGUCUACGCUCCUUACAGCAUUCACGGGUACCACAAGAGGUCUGCUGAAGCUGAUGCUUCUCAUGGAACCUCUCAUGGAAUCUACAGACAUACUCCCAUUAUUUACGGAGGUCACUCCAACCAUGGCCUCUACAAGAGGUCUGCGGACCCUGAAGCUGAGGCAGAGGCUUCAACUGGUUAUUAUUCUACACCUAUCUAUGGUCCCGUUGUGCCUUACAGUCAUAUCUACAAGAGAUCUGCUGAAGCUGAGGCACAACCAUCCACCCCAUACGCUCAUGUGUACUACAGACCUGCUCCACUUUACCAAUCUCAGUACUACUAAAACGGAGAGAUAUUAGCCGAUAUGGAGUUUUAG